CGCACAGCCCACAGAGGAACCGGACCGAGCCGGACCGGACCGGACCGGACCAGACCAGACCAGAGGGACUCCCGGCCCCGGCCCGGCCCGGCCCGGCCCGGAGAGGAGAGGACGGCGAGCACCAUGAUAGUGACCCAAAUUGAAGCGAAGGAGGCUUGUGAAUGGCUUCGUGCAGCUGGAUUUCCCCAAUAUGCUCAGCUAUUUGAUGAUAUGCAGUUUCCUAUUGACAUCAAAACGGUGAGACGUGACCAUGAGUUCUUAGAUCGAGAUGCCAUCGAAUCUUUGUACAGGCGACUUAACACCCUGAACAAAUGUGCGUCGAUGAAAGUGGAAAUCAGUUGCCAGAGGAGGAGGAGCGAUGAGUCAGAAGAUGAGGAGCCAUGUGCAAUCAGCACCAAAUGGGCUUACGAGCGCUGCAGCCGGAGGUGGUCCCGCCUAGAGAGCGAGGAUGGCUGCCCAGGGGAGAGUGGGUCCCGGGGGGCCGUCCCCGGUGGCCCGAGGCUCCGGAGCGCGGGCGGCCGGGAGCCGGCUCUCCCAGACUCCGGAGAGAAGCCGGACGUGUCCUCGCUGCACAGCUCCAGCAGUGGCGACAGCGACCUCCCCUUCCCCAAGGCUUUCGACGACCCCGAGACCAGCCGCAGCUCCUCCCGCUGUUCCUCCAGCAAGCUGGCAUCCCCAGAUUCCACCUUCAGCUGCUCUCCGUCCCCCAGCGAGACCCUCCGCGUCAUCGGCGAGGAGACGCCGGUGGAGAAGCCUCCCCGGGCCCGCGGGAAGAGCCUGCUGAGGAAGAUGGAGAAGCUGCGACUCCGCGGCGGGAGCUCUGGGAAAAGCUCGGGCCCCAGGGCCAAACCUGUCAUCAGCGGCCCCAUCUCCCUGGCAGGCCUGGACGAGGACAAGCUGCGGAGCCCCGGCCAGGGCCGGGCCGCAGCAUUCCCCUACUCCCCCACGACCUGCAGCAGCAGCGGCAGCAGCGGUAGCAGCGGCAGCCAGUCCGAAAACAGCAGCGCGGUCAGCACCCCGAGCCCUGUUAUCCGGGUCCGGAGCCACACGAGGCGGGGAGGGGACCCAGGCUGGGGGCAGCCGUGCCCGUGGGGCGGGGAUGUGGCCGAGCGGAACUGGAAGAACCAGCUGUUCCAGAUCCCCCAGGGCCACAAGCCCGGCACUUUCCCCAAGGUUCUGAUGGCCGACCACCUGCUCUCCCCACCUGAUGACACUCUGGUGAACUGGCGGACCGGGAGUUUCCACGGCUGCCGCUGGACCCGGGUGAGUUCCGGCUCCAGGGAGACGACCCCCUGCCCGGGGACCCUGAGCCCCGGGGACCACCGCGUCAGCAUCUAUGACAACGUGCCGGGCUUUGGGUUUGGGGAGGAAGAUGACGUCUUCUCGGCGCUGGACCACGUCGUGGAGCACGUCAACGGGAUACAGCAACUGGUCAGCCAGUGGUCACAGAAGUUUUCCGAGGAUGGAGACUCAGACUUUGCUGACUCUCAGACCUCCCCGGGUCCUGCUUCCCUCAACCAGAUCCACCUGGAGAUUACCGAGCCCCCUGAGGAGGCAGCAGGGCACAUCCUCGGGGGUGGGACGGAGCACCGGCGCAAGCAGGUGGAGCCCCAGACCCAGCGGGACUCCCGUCUGGACUCCCACCCGACGCCUGGGUCACUGGGGCUGGAGCUGGGAUCCAUCUCACGCCCCCGCAGGUCCAGGCGGUGGCAUGGGUCUGGGGAAGAGCUAGCCAGCUUGGAUGACCCGUCUGUACAGAUCGAGAGCCAGUCAGCCGUCCAUCUCAGCCGAGUCCAAAAGCUGGCCCUGCUGAAGCUCACGGCUCUCAUGGACAAGUACUCUCCCUCCAGCAAGCAGGGCUGGAAUUGGACCGUUCCCAAGUUCAGAAGGAAAACCAAGACCCCGGAUUACAAGGACAGGAAAGUGUUUGGUGUCCCGCUGCUCCUCAGUGUCCAGCGGACAAGCCAGCCCCUGCCGAGAGGCAUCCUGCAGGCCAUGGAAUACCUGAGGAACCACUUCCUUGACCAGGUUGGACUAUUCCGGAAGUCUGGGGUGAAAUCUCGGAUCCUGUCACUAAGGGAGAUGAACGAAGCUGAUCCAGCCAACGUGAAUUACGAGGGGCAGUCGGCAUUUGAUGUGGCCGACAUGGUCAAGCAGUAUUUCCGGGACCUUCCUGAGCCCAUAUUUACCAGCAAGCUCUGCGAGUCCUUCCUCCACAUCUACCAGUACCUCCCAAAGGAUCAGCACUUUCCUGCAGUCCAGGCUGCCAUCCUCCUGCUGCCGGAUGAGAACCGGGAAGCCUUGAAAAUUCUCCUCUUUUUCCUCCGGGAUGUCGUGGGCUUUGUGGAAGAGAACCAGAUGACGCCGACCAACAUUGCCGUGUGCCUCGCCCCGUCCCUAUUUCACCUCAACACUUUCCGGCAGGACACGCUGGCCACCUCCAGGUCCAGCCAAAGGAAGCACAGCCUGGGAAAGCCCGAUCAGAGGGACCUGAGUGAGAACCUGGCGGCCACACAGGGCCUGGCUCACAUGAUCGUGGAGUGCCACAGGCUCUUCCAGAUGCCUGACUACUGCCUCGAGUCUCAGGACCUCAGGGGGCGGCAGGGGCAACCCAGUCCUGGAGGAAAUAAAGCAGGCUCAACUGCCUUGGCCAGAUACUCCAGCAUGCUGAUUUCCCUGGAAAAUUCCAUGCAGGAUCUGCUCAGAGAUGCCAGAGACAAAUUCAAAAGUUGGGUGUCCUGUUCCCAUUUGCCCCACGUGGAGUUGGCUAAUAAGAAGGUGGAAGACGGGUACCCCUUGAGGCUGUGGAAAGCCUCCGUGGAUAUUGCUGCCUCCCCGCAGGCCGUUCUGCAGCGUGUGUUGAGAGAGCAGCACUGCUGGGACCCCACACUGCAGCAGGCCAAGGUCCUGGAGACGCUGGAUGAAGAGACAGAGAUCUACCAUUACACGACAGACGGCAUGGCUCCCCUUCCGCCAAGAGAGUAUGUUCUUCUAAGGACCUGGAGAUCAGACCCCAAGGGCAGCACUUGUAUCGUGGCCGCUACCUCUGUGGAGUAUGAAGAAGUGCCCCUGAAUGGGGUUUUAGCCCACGUGUUUCUGUGCCAACACCUGAUUGAGACAGUGGGAGCGGAGAAAUCCCGGGUGACUCAUGUCUGCAGAAUGGACACAAGAGGGAGGACCACAGAAUGGUACAACAGGGUUUUUGGUCACAUGUGUGCAGCAGAACUGCUAAGGAUAAAGGACUCCUUCAGACCUCUGACCACAGACACAAAAGAAACCAAAAUAUGAAGUCGUGUUGGGUUAAAUGAAGUUUGUGGACUCAUUCUUGAGCUAUUUUGCAAACUCCCUCUAACAGUGUUUUUUGACUAAAAAGCAUUAAUUAAAUCUAGUGAUAUAUAAAUAUAUAAGCUGUGCUUAAAGGAUUUCACAAGAGAUGAGUAAAGGCUAAUAUUUCUGUAAAGUUAAUUUUCCCAUCCAGGAAAUAGUCAAAAUUGUGGUUUUAAACUUAGUUUGCAUUAAGUUAUUAAAAACUUGAGACUUAUCCAAAUAUACUUUUUAUACCAGAUGUAAAGUAUGGACUAUUUUUUAGAUUUGCACAUUUGCUGUAAAAAUUUUUAUAAAAUGUAUGUAUGACUAAUGGUUUAACUCCAUUCUGCAAGAGAGGGGUAAGCUGUUCACAGAAUUGCUAUAUAGUUUGUGGUUCAGUACGCUGUUAAUAAUAAAGUCUAUAUUGCAUUGCA